CCAGUACCUUGAAGUAAUUCUCGAAAUGUUCCUCGCAUAUCUAUCAUUCCAGUGGGGUCUAUUCUGAUUUAAUUUACCCAUCUUCGUGUUUAUUUAUUUACUAAACCAAAUAUACCUGGUACGUUAUGAGCACCGGGGGAUACGCCAUACAAAAUUUCAUAGUUCGUGAAGGAGCUGAGACUGUCAGACAGAAGCAGGUAGUUAUCUUAAGAGUCCAUCUCUGAGUUCAUCCAUAAGGCAGUGGAGCUGUGUCCCCAUGGCUGACGGUGACCGAAACAGGUACAUACGCUGUUCAAUUCUUUCAGAUUCUGGAGUCUAUGUACACUACAGGUUUGGAAUCAGAAUCUUCCAACUCCCCUAGGUAGACAAACAUGAUAACCAGUUCAAUGGCAAUCGCCGAACGUCCUCAUUCACCUUUUGUUUUUGUGAGGAAUACCCCCGACUCGUGAAAGCAGUGAAUAAAACUUACCUGGCAGAUGCUAUACCAUCAAUCUACGGAUCAAAAUUCAACGGAAAACGAUUUCCUUAAUCGAAUUGCCUACUAUGAAGAAUAUGUGUAUGGUGAAGCUUAUCAGCGAGAAGUUUUACCUGAAUUGAGAGGAAAUGAUCCAGCCAGUACUACUCUACUACGACUGCUGCAGAACAAGUUGAAAACGCUUAUCAUUUAGGCAUAAAACACGGAGCGAAAUUGGCUUCAGAAUUUGGUUUCUAUUAUGGAAUGGCAUUAGAGAUUAUAUCAACUCGACAAUCUAAUCAGAAUGCUUCGUCUAAAUUAUCUGCUGAUAUCAUCAACACUACCGAGGAGCAACGAACACUGCAAUCAAGAAAAGAUAUUCAAAUAUAUAAAACAGCCUAUGAUUUAUAUCAAUAUCUAAUUAGUUCUCAUGGUUUAAUCGAUGUGUCCACUUUUCCACAAUUGAAUAAAUCUACUUCAUGUACAUUCGAUGAGAAUAAUGAUGAAUUAUUUAAAUUAAUACGAAAUAAGGCUAGACAAUUGAAAAGUUUACUAGAUAUUCAUUCAAUUGAAUAUGAAAUGAACAAUUUAACAUUUUAAACAAAGCUUCCAUUGUACAUUGAAAAUAUAUUAUGCUGUAUAUAUAUAUAUAUAU